CCCAUCCCGGCCGCCUUACAGCUCGUCCCCGGGACUCGCCGAGCCUCCUCGGGCUGGCUCCGGCCUCCUGGGGCUUCUCGGGAGACUCCCCGGCGGGCCGGGCCGGGCGCCGCCCCCUCCCAACGCCGUGGACCAUGUUCCCCAGCACCGGCUCCAACGGGCUGUAUAAAGCACCUCUGUCAAAGAGUCUUUUAUUAGUCCCAAGUGCCCUGUCGGUUCUAUUGACUCUGCUCUUCCAACAUUAUCAGAAGUUCUUCACAUAUAACCUACAAGCUGUAAAAGAGGAUUUUCAGAUUUGGAGACUUGUAUUUGGGAGAACAGUAUGUCUUGAUCUGAAAGAUACAUUCUGCAGUAGUUUGCUCAUUUAUAACUUUAGGAUAUUUGAAAGAAGAUAUGGCAGCCGAAAAUUUUCAUCCUUUUUAUUGGGCUCCUGGAUGCUGUCAGCUUUGUUUGAUCUUCUCCUUGUAGAAGUUAUGCAAUAUGCAUUUGGCAUCACCAUCAGUAGUUUGCCUUCUGGAUUCUUGGGUCCUGUAUUUGCUUUGUUUGUACCAUUUUUUUGCUCCAUUCCAAGGAUGCAAGUGACACAAAUAUUAGGCCAAUUUCCCAUCACAAACAAGACAUUGGUCUAUAUACUGGGUUUACAGCUUGUAACCUCUGGUUCCUACAUCUGGAUUGUAGCUGUAAGUGGACUGAUUUCUGGGAUGUGCUACAGCAGUAGUGUGCUAAAAGUUCAUCAGGUGCUUUGUGUUCCCAGCUGGCUGGCAAAGAUAUUUUCUUGGACUCUUGAACCAAUAUUCUCAUCUGCAGAACCAUCCAACGAGAUUCGAGUAGGAAUGGGAGCAACAGUGGACAUCCAGAGACAGCAGAGAAUGGAAUUACUGGAUCGUCAAAUCAUGAUGUCUCAGUUUGCACAGUUGAGACGGCAAAGACAACAGCAGGGCAGGGUGAUUAACUGGAAUCGACUCUUUCCUCCUUUACGUCGUAGACAUAAUGCAAAUUAUCAAGAUAAUGGCCAGUCUGAGCAAGAGGCACCUCCACCUGCUGAGGUUUCUGAGGAACAGGUUGCACGACUUAUGGAAAUGGGAUUUUCCAGGGUAGAUGCUUUGGAAGCUCUGAGAGCUUCAAAUAAUGACCUUAAUGUAGCUACCAACUUCCUACUGCAGCACUGAUGAUUGUCUGUGAUGAAAAACUUUAGUUGAUAUGUUUAUCUACCAUCAGCAAGAGGAUCAAAGCCACCUGCUGGAUAGACUCAUAAAGAGCAAAAGCCAAGAAGAAAAAAUGUCUACUAUACGCGAUGUUUCAAAGUAGUGUUCAUGGAUGACACUGACUGUUCCUAAACCCCCAAAUAAAGUGGUGGUUACUGUUCUGGUUAUUCUUUAAAAGUAACUUUUAUCUCUAUAUGUUAUAUGAUAUCAUAAAAAUUUAUUUUAAAAAAUUUGGUGUCUUUCUCUUUUAAAUCAGUAUUAGACAUAUUAUCAUUCCUAAUAACUAGGAAAUACAGAAGCAACUCAAAAUACUGCAAACAGUUAAAUUUACCUAUCAGGAAAAAUUACAAUACUAUUCUUUUUCUCAGUUUCUUUGCUCUAAAACUGUAACUCUAUAUUAUUUUACAGUAUUUUGAUUUUUGAUCACAGUAAUGAGAAAAUGUUCAUAUGUGGUGGCUAAUGUUAUUUCCAUAAAGAAUUAUGGGACUAACAUGUCAUUCAUCGAUAAGUUUUAUUAAUGUUUGUAAUAUUUUCUCUCUCUCAAAAUCCUUUUUAAAUAAAAGUUGUAAUUCAGUACCAUAAUUCAUGUAGGAUACCAGAACUGUUAUGUGCGUAUUGCAGGUUACAUUAAGUGACUGGUAUAAAUUUAAACUAUACAAAUUGUGUAGAUGACUUUACAGAUCAGACAGCAUGAAAAUACUUGAAUAGAAGCAGUAAAAGGGAAUUUGCUGAUUACAAAAAAAUCAGGCCUGACAUCAUUAAUCUGAUUUGGGAACAUUUCCAUGGUAACAUGAUGGAUGUGUUUAGUAUGCUGUGUGUUAGUUUUGUUUUUUUGAGCAGCCUAUACAUUUCUUUAAAAGAAAAAUACAAACCAGGCAGAGGAAAAGACCGUUCUUCUGGUUCUGUCUGGUCUUAGUUUUCCGCUGUUAUAGAUACAGACCACCCUCGGUGUACUGUUGGAGGCUGCACUUACUGUCAGUCACUGACUGGAAGCCUAGCCUUUGGAAGGAUUGACUCAUGCCAACCGGAGUCUAAUGGCAGGGGAGCAAGAAAUGGGUUUUGGAGUUUAAAAUGAUAAAUAUACCUAUUUCGCCCCUUUUUCAGAAGUGCUGUGCCUCCCCAGCUUGGGAGUUUCUGGGUACUCAGCACCUCUGCAAAUCAAGACAGUUAUUAUGGAGGUGCCAGUUCUGGCUCCAUAAUUAAAGUUAAGUUGAGUUUUGCACUUACAUGUUACACAUGUAUAUAUUAUACAUUUAUUUUAUAUAUGUGCAUGGUAUAUGUACUAUACAUAUAUGAUUGAAAACAGGACUGAAGAUGUCGGGGAGAAUGAAGUGGGAGGAGUAAGAAGUUGGAAGGAAAGAAGAGAACAGAGGGGAGAGAGAGGAGGAAGAACUAUAUUUUAGAAAUCAAAAUGAGGGGAUAAUUGGGAUUUCUAAAAAUGGCAGCUUUACUGUAUUCUGCAAAAUGAACAGAAAAUAACAUCAGAUUUUGUUCACAUUUAGGUACAUAAUGUACUUACAAUAAUACAGAUUAUUGUGCUCAUGUCUUAAUUUCCAUUGGACUGGUUAAGGGAUUUGAAAUGAGAGGCCAUUAUUUUAGCUUGUGAACAUUGUAACAUGAGGUAUUUGCAUGCAGCUACAGUCUUUUUGUAGACUCUUCCUGCAUUUUUAAGUGAAAGAUUGUUUUGUUCACAUAAAGAUGACUGGCAUUUUCCUGCAUGGGUUAAGGAGAUGUCUGGAGUCAGUUAAGUCUGAAAACUGACUGGAUCACAAAGAGAAGCCCUGAAACCUUAAAAAGAAUCUGUUCAAAAAUGGUAUGAUGAUUUGCAGCUCAGUUAAAACUUUUGGAGUAUACGUCUAAGAGGUCAUACUUCUUUAUUUUAAAAUAUGUGUAAAGUCUCCCCAUCACUAUCAGAAUAAUUGUAUAAUAGGUGGCCAUAGAGGGUGAUAAAUAAUUUCAGAUAGAAUCAGUUACCCAUGUACAGAAUUAUUUAUUUAUAUCUUUCCCAGUAAAAGUAAAAAAUUAAAUAUAACAGACACUUCCAGAUACUGUCCUACUGUAGAAACAAGGGCCAAUAGAGCUGCAUCCAGAUUCCAUACAGAUUUUACACUCAGAAUUUGCAAGUAUGUAAUUAAGAGUGCAAUUCAGAACAUUACUAGAGUAUUUGCAGAUUAAUAUUCUGUAGGUCUAAAUAUUUUAUUUUUGUUGUUUUGUAUUGCAAUGGUAUCCAGGUGUCCCAGUUCAGACCUAGGCCCAAUGUGGUAGGCACUCUAAGAAUGUACAAACAUAUUAGAUGAAAUCCUAGCCUCACUGAAGUCAACGGCAAAACUCCCAUUUGCCUUCAAAGGGGCCAGAUUUCACCCAUGGCCCCUGUCUUGAAAUGCUUGCAGUCUUCUAGAGUCUUCAGACAAAAACUUUUUUUUCUUUUUGAUCCCAGACACUACUGAAGAAGUUUUCAAGGUGAUUCAUUCAGCAAAGUGGGACUUGUUGAAAUUAGAGCUGAAAAAAAUCUGUUGGAUCACCUGCUGUAGACCAUCUCCAUGAUGUAUGUGCAAGAUAGUUCCUUAGAGCAUAUUUACUAGUGCUUUGUCCAGUCUAAUUUUAAAUGUCUCAGAUGAUAUGGUUUCCAUGUGGAGUGCACUCCAGACAUUUUUUGAAGAGGCAAAAGAAAGUGUCUGCCCUUUCCCUUUAGCAGAAUACAAAUCAGUUUUCUAUAGAGAAAGGCUGCAAGGAUGAAAUCCGGGCCCUGUUGAAGUCAGUGGCAAAAUUGUCAUUGACUUUAUUAAAGCCAUAGUCUCACCCGGAGGAUAUGUCUUCACUGCAGCUGAGAGCCUCCCAGCCCAGGAAGACAGACUUGCACUAGAUUCACUUGAGCUAGCAUGCUAAAAAUAGCAGGGUGGACAUGGCUUUGGCAGAGAUGGGCUAGCCACCCGAGCUCAGACCCAGGGUGUUGGGUGGGUUGGGAGCCUGAGUGCCGUCCAAGCCUCGAUGUCCAUGCUGCUGCUGUUAGUGCACCAACUUGAGUCCUGCUAACACAAGUCCACCACCUGGGCUGGGAGGCUUUCUCUCAGCUGCAGUAUAGACAUAUAGACUAAGAGUCUCAAGUAGUGGUUGCUAUUACAGAUUUCAAUAAGGCUAAGAACAUUCUUUAAUGAUGAAGCUUCUGUUGAGCAGAAUAAUUUAUCAGAGUGAGAUCUUUAACUGUUGUAUGGUAUUUGGAAAAUGCACAGAGCUUUCCAUGGGAUGACUGCAGAACUCUACAGUGGGAACGGCAGGUUCCCAGGUCUUCCCUUUCUUUUAAGGUGCAAUAUGGUGGAGCUCUUUACAGAAGACAUUGUACUUGUCAGAAAUGUCCUCCUUUCACAGCAUAGGGGACAGAGAUUGCUACCUCUCAAAUGAUUAAAUUUACAGUAACAUUUAGCUUCUUAUAUACAUAGAUGUGGUAUAUAGUGCCUAUUGAUGCCUUAAGGAACUAAUUAUUUAAGCAAAAGAUUAUGUGCAGUUAUUUUUGUACAAAAACAAGCAAAAUACAUCCUAGGAGUGUCGAGGCACUUGGCAAAAUACUCAGCCAUCUUACAUGUGGUUAUGAUGCUGUAUAUAACUCUGGAAAGUCUCACUGUGGCUAUAAUAUGGGUUUGUUAAAAGAAAAUUAAAAAGAUACAUUCCAGGAAUCCUCUCUUUUAGUGCGUGUGUGCAUUUAUUGUACUUAUGUUUAACUGUAUAUCAGAGGUGUCCAAACUUUACAGCACUAGGAACCGUGAUUGGCACUUGCAAUCUAGUUGUCUAUGAAUAUGCACAAUAUUUUUUUGUAUUUGUACCUACCUUGAUAAAUGAAUAGAAAUCAAUUGUCAGUUCACUAGAGAGAAAAAUCUGGUAUUGAUUAGCUUGAUUUUACCCUAUAAUUUCAGGGAGAGAUGGCCCUUGUGUAAGGGGACACUAAAACUCAGUGGUGGUGUUUUGGUUGGCUAGCUCCCAGUACCAAAAGAAAGGGGA